AUGGCUCCCGGUCUUGUUUCCCCUCUUCCGGGUAAUCUUACCUCCUCCUUCUAUGCGAAUUUGCCCGGCAACUCCCGGCACGUCUCUGCUUUCUCUGCUACAUUCGAUAACGACAGUAUGUCGCAGAAUGGCCGCUCUUCUCGCCGGGAAUCCUUCAUGCCCCGGAAGGUGAAUGGCGCCGGUAACUCUAACAUUACCAGUGUGGUCCAAUCUCUGCACCGUCGCAGCGGUGAUGAAUUGGGCACUGGCGCAUCUACUCAGCUAUUGAACACAUCCUAUAGCUCCAUCUUGGACUGGAUCCGGUCGGAGCGCAUGAACCACCUGCCCCCGGAGGGAAGUAGCUAUGACAAGGUCCUUUCCUGGGCCCAGCUCUUCGUUGAGAGAUUGCAUUCUUUCGAUAGUGCGAUUCAGGAGUUUGCUGGUGAUAGCUAUCUCGCUGCUCAGCUGUCCUAUGGCUACUGCUCUAUGCUUCUUGAGCUGGGCAAAGAUAAUGCACCAGCCUUGAUGACUUCCUUUGGCUUCUUCUAUAGCACCUCAUCUACCUUGGUGAACCUCUUGGAGCGUACUGAGCUUUUCUCUGUCUCCCAGGAGAUUAAGGAGCAGCUUAUCCUUGCUCUAGCUGACCUGGUGACCCUGGUCGCCAGUGUCUCCACUCACUUCCACAAAGCCAUCCGUGGGUUGACCACUGCUUCGGUGUCGGUCAACAUCUACGAUACUUUCCCUGGACAGAUCCAAUCUUUCCGCGAGCGCUGCGCCAAGAUUGCUGAGGCUAUGUGGAGACAUCAGCUUGCGAAGGAGAACAUUGACACGGACCGAGUUUCCGUUGUCAAGUCCGUCCGAUCAUGGCUCGCCCCCGAAGACCGCGUCCUCAGCCAUCUUGCCGAGAAUAGCUCCCACCUUGCCCACGAGCGUGAGGAAAUGACCUGCCUUUGGAUGGGCCCAUACUUGACUCGUUUCCUGAAGAGCCAAGAUACCGCCUUGUCUUUCACUGGCAAGCCAGGUUCUGGCAAGACAGUCCUGGCUUCCGUCAUCGUUGACCGUUUGCAGGACCAGAUCGGUGGUGUCACCUACAAGACCCUGUUUGUUCCCAUCAAUGCUCGCAUUCCUGCUGAGAGUACCCCUAUUGCCAUUGCGAAGACCAUCCUUUUCCAGCUCUUCGAAAAGCGUAUUGGUAACAUUCAGCUGCUGCAUAUUCUGGGCGACGCAUACGAGCGUAGUCGCAAGAGUACCAGCCCUGCCGACUAUGAGAACAUUCUCUGGAACGCCCUGGAACGAGCUCUUGCCGCUGCCCUUCGCGGUGCCAAGGAACUUGUCAUUGUUGUUGAUGGCCUCGAUGAGGCUGCUGGCGGUGAGGCUGCUCUGGUUCAGCGUCUUGUCGUUGCUACUACCCAUGCCACCAAUGUGAAGCUCAUCACUCUGGGUGCUGAGAAGCCUCCUAUCAAAGAUAAUGUGAUGCAUGUUCCUAUCAAUGAGGACCGCAUCGCUGAUGAUGUCUCCGCUGUUGUGCGAAGCAUUCUCGUCCGCAGCCAGGUUUUCGUCGCGAUGUCUGAACUGGAGCAGGAGACUGUCGUUGAUCAGAUCACCGAGGCCUCCCACGGCUCCUUCCUCUGGGCUAAGCUUGCGGCCAAGCGUGCCCGUUCUGAGCAGAACAAAGACAGUUUUUUCAAGACCACAGAGACCUUAAUUAGCAGCAAGCUGACCAUCAGCGACUUUGUUACCCAUGCCCUCCAAUCUACCGAGGUCAACGAGGAUGCUAAGUUUAUGCUGCUCUGGCUUGCAACCGCUGAACGUCCCUUACUGCUGAAGGAGCUCAUCACCCUGGCUUCUAUCCAGGUUGAAAAGCACAGCGUCACCGAUCGCAAGGUCGAUCCAUUGGCCAUCUUGAAGCCGCUGACCAAUCUUAUUUUCCUCCAGGAUGGUCUAGUAUAUCUUCGUCACGGCCUCAUCCGUACUGCCGUUCUUGAAGUCUAUACUAAGGGCAAGCUCAUCCCGACUAUCAAGGACCGUCAUGCCGAUUUCGUCACUCGUCUUUUGAUCUAUAUCAAGAACACUGUGACUGAGCAGCAUGAGCCUUCUUUGACCCCCCUUGACCGUCAUGACACUACCCUGCUUGUUCAGAAGUAUCCCCUCCUUGACUUGUCUGUGCGGUACUGGACCCAGCACCUGAAACAGACAACUGUCUACACAACUGGCGGUGAUGCUCCCACGGCGAAGGAGUUCGGCAAGCUCUUCCCUGUCACCGUCACUUUGCUGCUUCUCCAGAAUACACUCUGGCAGAACAUCUCCACCCCGACUCUGCUGUCGUAUCUGACUACUGUCACCAACCUGUGCCGUCACAUCUUGACUCCCAACAGCGUGGUGACUCUGCAGUCCAUUAUUUCCCUGGCUCUCUUCCGUCGUGACGUUGGUCACGUUCCCGAGGCCAUUCCUCUCCUCUAUGAGAUUACCACAAUUAGCCGCACUCUGCUCACCACCAAGCAUAUUGUGACUAUGCAGAUGGCCGCUUUGUUCCUUGAACUUACCGUGGAUCAAGUCUCCAACACCAAGACUGAAAUCAUGAUCAGACGCGAGGAGACUCUUCUACUCAUUGUUGAGUGCUAUAAGAUUCACUAUGGUAACACCUCAGAGAAGGUGGUCACCACCCUGAAGACCCUGAUUGAGCACUACCGCUUGAUCAAAGAGGAGAAGAGAGUCCGGGAAAUUGAAAUCCAAAUCAAGACCAUUACGGGCGUUGAUUAUGGCGAUGAUGUUGAUAGCCGUGGUGGCCACCUUCAUGUCCACCUGAAGGGUCACAAACAGAAUGGCGAGACUGGCAUCCGCUUCAUCCUUGAUGCCGAGGAGGACGAGGUCCAGUCGGAGUCCUUCGACUUCGAGGCUCUCAUCAAGCUGGCUGAGAAGCACGUCGCCGAAGGUCGCAUUGUCGAGGCUGAGCGCAUCUACGUUGAGAUCUGGCAGCGCGCCAGCAAGGAGUGCCGUGCUCAGUACUCUGAGCAUUGGGAGCAGGUCAAGCUGAAGGCCGUUACUGUCUACUCGAAGUUCCUCCAGUCCCAGAAGCGAGAGUACGAGGCCUCUUCUAUCUUGUCAAGUGUUUGGGAAGAGUACAGAAGCACUAGCCUCUCUGUCUCUGAAUCCACUUCCUCGCACUUCCAGGAGAUUGCCAAAGUCAUGUCGGCUGUUGGCCUCUCUGCUGCGGCUCUCAGCAUCUUCAAGCACUGUGCUCACUACUACCAGAGUACCAACCGGACCAAGUCUUCAUCCUAUGAGGAAAUCCAGCAGAGUAUCAGCAGCACUUCCCAGCAAGUCAUGCACCAGGCUAGCUCCUCUUCUACUGUUGUGUCCGAGUCCACUCUGGAGGAAAUGGUCUAUGAAGCUUCUAGCUCUAUUACCAAGAUUGACCAGAGCUCUUUCACCGCGACCCACACUCUCGUUGAGUUGUACGUUUCUCAGCACCGUUGGAAGGAUGCCACUCGUGUUGUUAAGAAGGUUCUUCACGGUCUGUGGCCUUCUCUGUUUGCUCCUUCUAUCCAGGAUGUGAUCCUCCCAGGCCAGCACGUUGAGAAAUGUGUGGACCUUGCCGAGCGUCUUAGUCAAUGCUACCAUUACCGCCGUCGCUUCCCCCGUGAAGAAGGUAUUCGUAUCCGCGUUUACCAUGCCGUUCGUGUCGCUCGUCCCGUCGAUGACAAGCUGCGGGAGCGUGUCACCAAUGAGCUUGUUCGCUUCUUUGAGCGCUCUUCCCAGCCCGAGCGAGUUAUCAGCACUCAUCAAGAGAUCUUGGACGACUAUAUUAAGCAUUAUGGCCCUGAGCACCCCAUUGUCAUCAAGACCCUGUGGACUCUGGCCCAGCUUACCCGUCCUCGUCCCAUUUUUGUCGAGUAUUACCAGCGCAUUAUCAAGGCCCUGAACAAGGACUCUCCUCACUGCCACCCUGAUGCCAUUGAGCCCCUCAUCAUUGUUGUGACUGAGCUGUGGAACCAGAGCCGCUACACUGAUGCUGUAGCUUACUACUCGGUUCUAUUCACCACGUUCCUCCAUGAUCCCAAGAAGAGCCCCAAGUUCCAGGAGCCCUCAUUCGUUGAGGAAUUCUUCACCCGCUACACUCACUGCCUGCGUAGCGUGCGCGCCGACUAUGCCGUGAUUCACAAGAUCACUGUUGACUACCAGGCCAAGGUGAAGGCUGUGUUCAGUGCUACCGCAACGAUCACAAUCAGGGCCACUCUGACUCUUGCUAAGGUCUGCCAAGAGACCAAGAAAUACGAGUCCGAUGCCAUCCUUCUUUAUGAGGAGCUGCUCAAGAUCAAGUCUGUUGAACUUGACCAUGAGGAGAUUUCUGCUACUCUUGACGGUAUCUAUGAGGAACAGACUGCCAUCGCCAUCUCCAAGUCUGAGUCGAUCUCUUCCACUCAGAUUGAGCGUGCCUCCAAGGUCCUGCGCAAGCGCAUUACCUCCGUGCGUGAGACUCACGGCUGGGCUCAUGAGGAGUCUCUGACCAAGCUGAAGGAGAUGGUUUCUUUCCACUCCAAGCACAGCGAGUCGUCCGAGUCGGUCAUUCAAGAGCUCAAGGAGUCGACUGUCAACAUUCUGCAGUCGGAGACUUCCUCCACCAGGCUCGUCGCUGCCGCUGUUACCAUUGCUGGUAGCUAUAUUGCCACAAACCAGGUUUCUAAGGCCACUGAGUUGACUCAGGAGCUUUACCGCCAGGUUGUCAUGAAAGAUACCACCAAUGUGAAGAGCUCCAAGUUUGAUCUGACUACUAAGGGUCGACAAAGCCUGAUUUUCCUGGCUCAGAUGGAGCACAGUCUCCGUCAGCAGAGCUCGAGCAUCACCGAGAUCCUGGCUUCUUUGACCACCCAGUACGUGUACUAUGAGGAGUUCCGCACCCACGUCUCUUCUAAGAGCAGCUCCUUCCACACUGUCUCGGUGUCUGCUUCUCGUCUUUACCACUUCCUGCUCAUUAACAACCGCAAGGAAGCCGCUGUCCGUGUCUUCGACGAAUACGUUGCUUACUUCCUCGCUACUGAGGGCAAGCGUAUCAAGUUGACCGAGACUGCGCAAGUCAAGAUCUUCCUUUCUACCAUCCUGGAGCACUUCAGCAGCCACCAGUCCACCAACUUCAUCCGCUCUGUCGGUAUUGCCAGUAACUACCGUGUUCUCGAGCUGCUGCAGAAGCAGAACUACAAUGGCGCUUGUGACCUUGCUAUCGCAUCUUUCCGCUACAUCUCGGCUCAUGAUGUCUUCCGCACAGCUGCGAUUGUCAAGUUCGUCUUCACUCUAGGUGUCUUCAUUACCGGUCGUACCAUUACCCCCCAGCCCGACCAGGCCACCCAGAAGAAGUUGAUCGGCGUUUCUGCCGUCAUCAUCCAGGAGGUCCUCCGCGUCAUCAGCGAUCUGAAGAUCAACCUGGCCCAGAUCAGCCUCGACUACCUGAACAUCCUGAUUGGCCUGCUCGGCGAGCAGAAGGAAUACAAGAACCUGGUCUGGCUGCUUUCCAGCCUCUGGACUAGCCGCAACCAGCAGAUCAACUGGUCUCCCUCCGUCACACUCCAGCUGGCCCGCCGCUACAUCCUAGCCCGCUACCUGGUUGGCGACGCCCUCAAGGCCUCUCGCCUUGCUGAGGACAUCGUCUACAACUGCCGUCGCGUCAACGGUGCCCGCCACCAGAGUACCCUGGAGAUGUCAUCCCUGCUUUCCCAGCUGUACACUGGCAUCGCGCAGCGGUACCAGUCUGAGAAGGGCGGCCAGCACAUGGCCAACAAGUAUUACAAGAAGGCCGCUAGCCUGCACGAGAACUUGCUGCGCAUCUUCGUCGACCCGUCCCUGGCUGAGUUCGAAGGUGGCCUUGAAAACAGCAUGAGCAUUGACGGCUCUACCUACGACCUUGACCUGGCCGACAGCGCACACGGCAGCAUCUCAGAUGGCGAGCACGUCCGCCAGCACCUGCUGCUGCUCAAGCUUGCUGUACAGCGUCUGGGUGACUGGCCCAAGGACUACAGUGAGUACGAACGCCUGAACGCCGACCUGUUCCGAGAGUUCAGUGAUGAGCUUAAGGGUGUCGAGGGUGUUGAAAAGUGGGAUUUGAAGAAGUUUGGCGCUGGCAAGGCUGUCAGCAACGACGAUACCCUGAACCUGGAAAUCAAGACUUGGGAGCUGGAGCUUACUCCGGCCGAGGAGAUUGAGGAGGAACUGUGA